AAUAAAAAGAAACAAAAGAAAAAGAAGCUUAUGCAUUAGUCUAAUAUGAAUGAUUAUUUGGCUCUCUCAUAUCUAUGGUAGUACUAUAAAUUUGAAAGCAUAGGAGCCAUAUCGUUGCAUAAGCAUCCUUGAUAUUUCUAUUUCUCGCUACUCUUUCACCUUUCAGUAUGGCUUUUGCAGUUAUUUCCAUGAUCCUGGAACGCUUGAGUUCUUUUGCUCUUUCAGGGCUUGAACAAGAAGCGAGAUUGGUUAUGGAUGUUGAGCGAGAAAUCCAAAAGCUCAAAUACAAUCUUGAAUCCAUCCAAGUUGUGCUUGAUGAUGCAGAUGUAAGACAAAGGAAGGAGGCCAGUGUGAAACUUUGGCUACACAGGCUCAAAGACAUAUCGUACGACAUUGACGAUGUGUUGGACGAGUGGAGCACUGCAAUUUACAAAUCCCAAAUUGAGCCAAGUCCAGAAGCUCCGGAGCCUAAGAGGAAGGUAUGUUCUUCCAUCCCCUUUGCUCGUUUUCUCCGUAGAGAAGUUGUCCCUCGUCAUGACAUUGCUUGCAAGAUAAAAGAGCUAAAUGAAAGAUUAGAUGCUAUUGCCAAGGAGAAGGAUAGGUACAACUUUAGCUUUAGAAAGAGCACUGAACAACUUGAAAGACAGAUCACUGCAUCUGUCAUUGAUGUAGCAGAGGUGAAAGGCAGGGAGAAUGAUAAAAAUGAAAUCAUAAAUAAGUUGUUGACUGAGGUUAGACAAACACCAAAUCCCCACAUCAUCUCCCUAGUAGGGAUGGGGGGAAUUGGUAAAACAACUCUAGCCAAAUUAGUCUACAAUGACAGCAAAGUAGCAGCCCAUUUCAAUAAGAGAAUAUGGGUGUGUGUCUCGGAUCCCUUUGAUGAGGUCAGGAUUGCCAAAGCAAUCCUCGAAUCACUCAGGGAUACUGAAACAAAUUCGGUUGAACUACAAACUUUAUUGCAGCAAAUGCAACAAUCCAUUAAGGGACAAAGGUUUCUUCUUGUCCUAGAUGACGUGUGGACUGAAGAUGCCAGAAAGUGGGAAAAUUUGAUGCAUUCUUUCAAGUGUGGUGAGCGGGGAAGUAGAAUUCUGAUUACCACACGCAAGGAGAAUGUUGCAACCCGCAUAGGUUGCACUGACAUACUCCCAAUAGGACAAUUGUCCAUGGAGGAAUGCUGGUCAGUGUUUAGUCAAAUUGCAUUUUUUGGAAAGACCAGUAUAGAAUGUGAACGUGUAGAAGACAUUGGUAGGAAAAUUGUAAAAAAGUGUAAGGGUUUGCCUCUUGCUGCAAAGACACUGGGAGGUCUUCUGCGCUUCAGAAAAUUUAGAGAGGAGUGGCAAAGUGUUUUGGACAGUGAUGUAUGGGAAUUAGAAGAAGCUGAAAAGGAUCUUUUAGGUGCCCUAUGGUUGAGCUACUAUGAUUUGCCUAUGGCAUUGAGACAAUGUUUCUCAUAUUGUGCCAUUUUCCCUAAAGACCACCUGAUAUCAAAGCCUAGAUUAAUUAAAUUAUGGAUGGCUCAAGGAUAUCUCAAGGCAACUAAAAGAAAAGACAUGGAGAUGGUUGGUGAAGAAUACUUCCAAAAUUUAGUGGUUCGCUCUUUUUUCCAAGACUUUGACAAAUGUGAUGAUGAAAUAUUGGCAUGUAAGAUGCAUGACAUAGUGCAUGAUUUUGCCCAAUUUCUUACACAAAAUGAAUGCUUUAGUAUGGAGGUCAAUGGUUUUUUAGUGCCGAGCAUGUAUUUUUCCGGUAAAGAACCACGUCAUUCAAUGGUUGUGCUAGCAGAAAAUGCCGUUUUACCUGGUUCACUUGGUUCUCUAAAAAAGCUGCGUACUCUCUUGAUCGAGUCCCAUGGCCAAUCAGAGAUUAGAGCAGCCCCACCUGAUUUAUUGAAUCAGCUAACCUGUCUGAGGUCGUUAGACCUAAGUAAUUGUGGAAUUGGAGAAAUCCCACCCGAAAUAGGCAAAUUAAUACAUUUGAGGUUUCUUGACUUGUCUGCAAAUGAGUUGGUGGAGUUGCCUGAAACAGUAUGUGAAUUAUACAAUUUGCAAUCUCUAGAUGUCCAUUGGAAUCUUCUGACGCUGCCUCCGGGGAUUGGAAAGUUAAUCAACUUGAGGCAUUUUUAUCAUGACGGAGGAAACGGUGUGUUGCCGAAAGGACUUGGAAAAUUGAUUAGUCUUAGGGAAAUAAAGGAACUCACUGUUGGCCACAAUGAUGAGGAAGCAUUUUCUUUCGGAGAUCUAAAAGACUUGAACAACCUUCGAGGAUCCUUGUGGAUUAAAGGGUUGGGACAUGUUGCAGAUGUGGGUGAGGCUAAGCAAGCACAGCUGAAGAAGAAGAAACAUGUCACUUUGAUGAGACUAGAUUUCUUUGAAGAUAAAGAAGGGACAAGGGGAAUUCAUGAUCAACAGUUAAUGGAAGGGUUGGAGCCAUCUUCAAAUUUGGAAGAUUUAAUUAUAGUCAAAUACCAAGGUACUACAAUGGUUCCCAGUUGGAUGAUGUCGUUAACUAAUCUAAGAUAUCUUUCAAUGAGUUUUUGUAGAAACUGCGAACAUUUGCCUCCUUUGGGGAAGUUGCCAGCCCUCGAAUCUCUUUACUUCCAUGUUAUGGGAGUGAAAAAGUUUGGUGCUGAGUUUCUGGGAAUGGGAACUCAAAUUGACAAGGAUAUAUCAUCAUCAUCAUCAUCAGUUGUUUUAUUUCCCAGAUUGGUAGAACUGAAGUUUAUACAAAUGCCCAAGUGGGAAGAGUGGGAAGAGUGGGACAAUAGGAUGAUAAGUAGAGAUGAAGAUACAAUAAUGCCACGUCUUCAUCGUUUGGAGGUUGUUAACUGCUCAAAGUUGAAGAAAUUGCCAGACAAGCUUCUCCAAAAGACGACAUUGCAGGAAUUGAUAAUUGAUCAUUGCGAAAUUCUCUCUCCACAUUACCGAAGGGGAACAGGAAAGUACUGGCAUAACAUCUCUCACAUUCCCAACAUCAAAAUUGACUGGAAAAUUAUGCAAGGAGAAGACAUUUACUGAGCUUAUGGAAUUCAGACAGGAGAGUGCUGGCUUCAGGGUGCUACAGGUUCUAUCAAUGUAACCAAAGGUGUCUUCUGAAAUUGUGAAUCAAUGAUUUAUUUAGCAAGACAGGAGCAGAUGGAGAACCAUAUAUGUUCAGAUUCAUGAAAAGAGAUGGGUGCUAAAGAAUUAUGUGAUACUGUGAAGCAAGCUCCUGCCUGCAGGAUGUAAAGAAAUAAGAAUCAGACAAUUGUAUAUCUAUCUCUUCAGCAACUUCACUGUAAUAAUAUUAGAAACUCUCUUCUACAGUUCAAAUGGCUUAAACAUGAAAAUCAUCUGAUAUGUUGUUUUGCUGA